AUGAGGAACUCGCCGAUCUGGAUGCUUGUCACCACAAGCAUCUAUGGAAUGGGUGUCUAUCCAGCAAUAUUAAACAAGCCCGAGUUGGCUUCUACUUCAGAGCAUCCACUUCCCACUUCUUUGCCUGUCGGUUUGGAGACGGCACCUGCAUAUAGAAGCCCCGAAGAGAGUUCACCUCUUCUUACACACCAGAAUCCACUUACCGAAUCCAACUCAGAUAUCCAAUCCUCUACCUCACAUGCAACACACGCACUCUCAGAUGUACAAUCAGAUGUCCUCAUGCCACUCUAUCAAGUUGGGCGUCCAUUCCUUCAAUUACCCUCACCUCCAGAGCCAGACAUCCACCUUCCAGUAUAUCAACAUGGGCCUACGCCAGUCCUACAUCCAACAGCACCCGAAGUUAUUCCAGCUACUUUUCAUCCGAUCUCGUCUUUUGUGACACCAACUACUCACACAAUUCCGCGGCAUCAUGUUUUGGAAGCCCCAAUAGCUGAAGAUUGGUCCAAUCCUUUGCAUCUUGGGUACCAGCAGAGCUUUGCUCAUCAACUUCAAAGCAUCUAUCACAUACCUGAUGUGUCAUCCACAUUCAUCUCCCCUUACCAGCCCAUAUCAUUUUACCAGCCCAUGUCACCUUACCAGCCCGUAUUGCCUUACCCGCAGAUUCCACCUUAUCCGCACUCACCUUACCCACACUCAUUCGGCCUGCAGUCAUCCUAUCCACAAUCAUCUUACUCAUACUCAUCUUACCCGCUCUCAUCCUACCUGCAUUCAUCCUACCCGCAUGUAUUUUACCCGGACUCAUCUUACCCAUACAUGGUCCCAUACAAUCAUCCAGUGACAAGCAGCAGAGCCAUUCAUCCUAUGCACUCAUUUUCCACACCUCACAUUUCUCCCUUUGACUUCAAUAAACAUUCCAUCUACCCGCCUAUUGAAGGCACUUACACAAACUUCUACCAUAGCUUACCUUUCACUUUGUCCUCAGCUCCUCUGGUCAACCCAGCCUCACAUUCUGCUACACAGAGUCCACAAGGUACCACAUUUUUCCAUGCAGGGCCCCAGCGCUUUGACAAUGAUUUCCUGAUGAGAAGUGAAAAAAAGAAUGUGUCCCCAAUUCAGACCACAAAAUCCUCAAAUACAUCAGGCAACUCAAGAUCUGAGACUCUGCACACAUCAAGUCAGAAGAAAAUGUUGAAGAAACCUGGGGUGUCAGAUCCAAGUGGCUCAUCUUCUUCAAGGCAAGUAGAGAAUCAGCCCAUGACUGUACAAAGAUCAAUACAGAAGACUCGUUGGAAAAAACCCUGGAAGCCAAAGCCAAAUGGUAUGUCUGCUACAAAGUUGGUGAAGGAAAAAGAAAAUUUGGCUAUGACUCCAAUUAACAGUGUUUUGGAAGAUGGAUCCGGAGAGAGAAAGGGUUUGCCAGGCGAGAAAAUCUUAAUUGGACAGCAUCAGGUCAAUAUAGAUUCUCCACAAUCCAAUACCCUCACCACCAUACCAGAUCUUGCUCCACCUGACAGCCAAGGCCUGGACAAAACCACAAGUGGCUCUCAUGAGGAACAUUUGUUGCAACAUUUGGUGGCUAGCAAGGCAUCUUCUCAUGGGGAUAAAACAGAAUUUGAAAGGGAGCCAAAAUUAGCUCAAGCUACCUCAUCAGAUGCAGAGCUCCAAGAUCUGCCCUCUGUGUUUGAAAAUACACCUGUCUUGGAUUUUAAGGACUCAAAACUGUUUCCUGCUCUGAAAGAUACCAUCAAUUCAGCUAAGACUCUCACCACACCACUUCCUUCAUACAAGAAUUCAAGACCAUCAUCUACAAAUUCAAAGGGAGAAGAACUGUCCGCUGUAGGACCUUCAUCUUCAAACUUUGUGGCAGACACAAGAAAUCCCGAUAGGAUGAAAAAGAUCACAACGUCAUUGGCUUCACCUACUUUGCUUGGCCAAGAGUUUAUUCAGCCAAAAAAAAUGGAAUCUGUACGGAAUGGUAUCACAACUUAUGAAGAUAGAAGAGCUGAUACUGUAGCCGCAUUUGACAAUUUGCGAGUCCAGUUAAAGCGGCUUACAAAACAUAAGGAUUCAGGUGAACAAAUGUCCAUCUCUGAAGCUCCUUUGCACUCGCCAAUCAAACCUUCCAUAGAAUCUUUUGAUAACUCCAGGCCUUCUGAAAUAGCUCCAUUCCCGGGAAGUGGCUCCAGUACCCAAGAAAAGUCAAAAGCUAGUGCUUCAAAUUCAAACAAUGAUGGAAUUACGCAGUGGCGGGUGAGCAAGGCACCCAAGGUAGAUAUACCGGAAGAUCUUUCCACGAGUCAGAAAAAAUCCUCCAGACUUUUGUUAGAAGAUCUUAAUCUUGCAGAUCCAAAACUUUUGAGUCAGAACAAAAAGGUUGAGUCCAAGUUUGGACCUUCCAAUACUCGUGCAAUCACAGGGUCCAAGGGACGAGAUGUUAAGCCAGAUAAUCAAGCGCCUAGUUCAAUUGAACCACCUCCAGUAGGACGAAACUUCUGGUCAAAUGUGGCUCCAAUCAUUUCUUGCUUGCAGGUAAAAACACCAUUCCAAUUUUCAGCUUUCCUUCCCUCACCCACUUCCCGCUUUCUGGAAUGGCUCAAAGCUCUCAGUCCUCGAAUAUGGAUGGGUAAAAAUGAGCUUGCCAAAGACCAAAGUCAGAUGGCUGCGGAGGCAAGUGAAGAUAUCAGCAAAACUAAAAUUGAAGAAAGUCACGACUCCGAAGGUGCUACUGGGGAUGGUGAAAGUGUUGGCUCAAUCCCCAGCUCCACACGUGUCCAGACACAUCCCAGUCGGAGAAAGAGAAAAAAGAACCUACCCAUACCUGCAAGUGCAACAUCCGCGGAUAAAAAUGAAGUUGGGUUUCACGAAGAAUUAUUGAAAGACUCUGCACUACAUGCAAUAAGUAGAAUUCUCCAGAUCAAUGACAAUCACGAUCUCCUUCAAAUAGACCUUGAGCUAAUGGAUUAUGAAACUCUCAGAGCCAGAGACGACACUGAUUGGGUAUCUAUUCUGUCCUGGACCAAGAUGCAUUCAGAAGCUUCAGAAAAAGAGAUGGAUAGGAGGGUACAAGUUUUGAUUAAUCAACUAAACCAUUACGAGAUUCUUGGUAAAUAUCAUAGGGCAAAGAAACACCUUGAUUCAGCAACGAUCAAGCGAUGGGAAACCCUUUUUCGAAUUGACGAACUCUGUCCAACUCUCUCUCACAUAGAUAAAUCCAACAAUAUAGAGGUAAAAACAACUUUGGAUGGAGUACUAUUGUCAAUAGGAGAGAAAGAAGCCUUGACUGAGGUGUUGGGAGAGUUGGAAUUAAAACAGCGGAUAGGUUUGAUAGACUACAUGCGACAGCGAGAUUCUACGGACAGGUGGUGGAGGGAGGACGAACUACAAGAUGCAAGGUGGCAAGGCCACAACGUGCUGGACAUACUCCAAAUUGGAGACUUGUUACAACUCGGAAUGACUCAUAAUAUAGCUGCUGUUGCACCCAAGGCUACAUUGAUGUCUCUCUAUGAAAGAAUGCACAGCCGGAACAAAUACCCAGAGUUAUAUCCAAUACACGCUACAUCAUGGGGUGAAUCUCCUGAAAGAGAGUGGUUUCACCAAAAUCCAACCCUUUGGCACAAAUACCAAUCCAGAAUGAGGGAUUUGAUCCUGAAAGCCGACUUUGCAAUCCUGGGAGAGUCUUCUCUACUUAAAAACCUUGAUUUACCACCCGUCAGUCCAUGGUGGAGCCUUGGUGACCUUUUGAUGUGGAGCGAUGAAGGUGUUCCAUUGAAAAAGAUGGCUAAAGUGGCCUCCAAGGUGGGAAAGGACUUGCAUUUGACAAACUUCAAGCAGUUGACUCCCAAUGCUCUUGAGCAAUUAAAUUGGAAACAUGUAUUCAAGGGCAUUGAUUCAGAUACAAAAUUCAAAGCAAAGAUGUGCCUUGAGACAAGGGCUAAAUGGAACAUUGAGGAAAAUACUAGCAUUUUUUCCUCUCUGAUGAACAAGCUCACAGGAAAACUUUUUUCAAAUUGA